AAUGAAACUCCAUGCCCUCUGGGACACCAAGCCCACUUCUGGGUACUGGCCUUUAGGGGCCUUGGAUGUGGGUGGCACAGCACGGGCUAAAUGGUGCCCAGGAGGAAGGCAGCAGGACCGUGGGCAUGCAGGCCUAAUGCCAGGGCCAGGGUGGGCUUCAUGCCUGCUUCCUCCCGUCUAGAAUCCUGGAGCCGCACAAUUUCCGACCCAACACCCUGUACUCCAGUGACUGACUCUCAACAGAAGCUGCUGCCGGCCGAUGCUGUGUGCUGCGGACCCGCCUGGGGUUCAUGGAGUGGGCCACGGGGCCCAGCCCUGAGCACUGCUGUACCGAGGCUCGCCGUGCCUGCUGCUGAGGAGUCCCCACGCUGCUGGCUCUCACCAUUGCCCUCGCCUGCCGAUGGCCUCUGCUGCCCAGCCUGGGGCCAGCUCUACCGCCUGAGCCCCCUGCCCCCCUCCAGGACUCACCGUACCCCGAUGGGGUAACGUGACAGAGGCCCCGCACGUCAGAGGCCGCUGUCCCCACGGCCGCUGCCCGUGACCCCUGGCCCAAGGCUGCUGGAGUUGGUUCAGUUGAAGUUCAUUCUUCCUUUGGCCCUUGGGGGCUUGGGGCCCACCUCUGAGUGAAGGGGGCUGUCUGCCCAGCCACCGAUGUGGAGAGGGCGCCCCCAGCGUGGGGUCCAGCUCUGGACACUGCUUGGCGGCCGGAUUCUCUUUGGGCUUUUAAGUUUUCUUUGCUGAGCUUUUUUUGGUUGUUCUUUUUAUUUUUUGCCUCUUUAUGACUAUCCAGCUGUGAGAGACAGGAGUUUGGCGUUGCCCGCUUUACUUUGGGCGGGGAGGGGGCUGUUUUUUCUCUUUUCUUUUUUAAGACUUGGGUUUUCUUUUUUAAUUAUCCAAACACUGGGCAGCUUCCUCCCCCACACCUAAGUAUUUGCACAAUAUUUGUGCGGGGUAUGGGGGUGGGUUUUUAAAUCUCGCUUUUCUUGGACAAGCACAGGGAUCUUGUUCUCCUCAUUUUUGGGGGGUACGUGGGGACUUCUCAGGACGUGUCCCCAGCCUUCUGUGCAGCCCCUUCUGCCCUGCCGGGCCUGUUGGGAGGCGCCAUGGCUCGGAUGAACCGCCCGGCCCCGGUGGAGGUGAGCUACAAACACAUGCGCUUCCUCAUCACCCACAACCCCACCAACGCCACGCUCAGCACCUUCAUCGAGGACCUGAAGAAGUACGGGGCCACCACCGUGGUGCGCGUGUGUGAAGUGACCUAUGACAAAACGCCGCUGGAGAAGGACGGCAUCACAGUUGUGGACUGGCCGUUUGAUGACGGGGCGCCCCCGCCCGGCAAGGUAGUGGAAGACUGGCUGAGCCUGGUGAAGGCCAAGUUCUGUGAGGCCCCCGGCAGCUGCGUGGCUGUGCACUGCGUGGCGGGCCUGGGCCGGGCUCCAGUCCUUGUGGCGCUGGCCCUCAUCGAGAGUGGGAUGAAGUACGAGGACGCCAUCCAGUUCAUCCGCCAGAAGCGCCGUGGAGCCAUCAACAGCAAGCAGCUCACCUAUCUGGAGAAAUACCGGCCCAAACAGAGGCUGCGGUUCAAAGACCCACACACGCACAAGACCCGCUGCUGUGUCAUGUAGCUCAGGACGUUGACCGGGCCUGGUGGCCCUGCCCAGCCCUGCUCUGCCCUGCUCUGCCCAGCCCAGCAGGGGCUCCAGGCCUUGGCUGGCCCCACAUCGCCUUUUCCUCCCCGACGCCUCCGCGCACUUGUGUCCGAGGAGGCCCCUGGCCUGUGUGGCCUCUGGGCCUUCUCCUGUCUCUACCGCUCCCUCUGGCAGCGCUGGCCGUGGCUCUGUCUUUCCGAGGUGGGUCAGGCGCCCUCUUCCCUGGACCCCCGCCCGCCCCCUCCCACACCAGCCCAGGCCGGUCUCCUCUGGCCUGUUUGUUGCAGGGCGGGGGUACAUUUUGUAACCACUGGGCCCCCCCAGCCCGUCUUCUGCGACCCUUGCCCUGACCUGUUCUCGGCACCUUAAAUUAUUAGACCCCAGGGCAGUCAGGUGUUCUGGACACUCGAAGGCAAUAAAUCAGGAGCCGUGGCGUGGCCGUGUGUGUGUGGAGUGGGCUGAGGCGUCAGGCGGGGCGGGCCGGUGGCCUGGGGGCCCUCGGAGGGCUCCGGAGGCCACUGUCGGGAUGCUGGGCCGCUGCCCAGAAUGGGGCUCCCGCGUGCUCCUACGCUGCCCUCUGGUGGCCGCUCUGGGUCCCUGCACCCCGACCCAGGGGCCGGCCUGCCUUGUCUUGAAACCCAGGCGGGAGCCCUGCUUUGGGCGGGGUGGCCGUGUUGACGGUUCUCGGGACUGUGACAUUAGAAGGUGAGGUGGGUCACCAGCAUUGUCCUCUGCAGGAUGGGCUGGGAUUCAUUUGGCAGUUUCUCAGGGCCUGUGUCCGGCGGGUUGGUCCCUGUCUUGCCCCAACCAGGUGUCCACAUUUCAGGCUCCGAGGCGCAGAGAAGGGUGCAGGUGGUGGCUCAGGUGGAGGAAGGCUCCAUCCGUCAGCCCGGGGAGGGAGGGUUCCUCCUGGGCACCUGGGGCUGGAUGUGAGAGGCCUGGACCGGGGCCUGCUGGAGGGCGUGGACUGGAUGCUCGUGUGUUCCUGGGUGCUGUGUCUGUGUUGGUGGCUGGCCCCACCCUAGGCCAGGGUGCACGGCGGGCAUGGUCCCCGCUGGGAGGAAGGUGGGCCUGGGGCUGGCCCCAGGGUUUGGAGAGCCUAGGAGUGGUCUCUGUCCUGGGGCCCCAGGAGGUUCCAGCAAGAAGCAAUUGGGGCAGGUCUGGAGGAGGUCAGUGGAUAAGAUGGGGAGAUGUGGAAACCCCAAAAGCCCUUUCUCAAGCAGCCCUGCCUCCAAGACUGACACACGGCUAAGGGGGCCACAGACCUGGCUCCCCCAACUCCUGUGUGGAGAAAGGGCAACAGCUGUCCCGGAUGGUUACUCUCUCCUUUCCUCAAACACAUUUGGAACUCAAGUAAAUCCGAUGCGUGUUGGGUGAA